UUACUGUGUAAUAUGACGCUUAUUGGUGCUAUUCUGAAUAAAGCAAAGUCCGUAGAAUCUGUGUCGAAAAAGUACUCGUCCCCGCCACCUGAAAUAGAUAAUAUUCCAAAACGCAAGAGAAAGAAGGUCAUUGACAAGUACAAACAUGUCAAAGCAGUUGUGGACAGCUCGCCGCCGCGCUAUGAUGCUCAGAUUUUGGCGCGAAAUCUGCCAAAAUGGCGGCGGAACAUCCGCGAUGUGAUGCUGGAAAACACGCGGCUAGUGAUGGCUAUAAAAAUGACGCAUUUCAAUCGUAUAAACUCUGAAACUGAAUGA